GAGGAGGUCUGAACCUGCAGCCGAGAAGCCGCGCGAGUCGGACAUCGCCGACCCAGGCCCAGGUUCAGCAGUGACAUCGGACCAGCCGUCGAAGAUCAGGUACACUGUGUACGUCCAUGCUGUUUGGUCUUCCUCGACGGAUGCAUCGGUGCACCUCGCGAACUGUCACGCUGGGCGGCCGAGCAUCACCGCGCGCGCUGCCAGCACGCAGCCGCGCCUGCCGCUCCGAAAACCGGGCCCGCGCGGGCGAGAGACGGCCGAGGGGCCAUGAAAAUCUGGACCUGCGGGGCGGCCCUGCGCGGCGCACCCCCGCGGUAGGCCCCUGGCCACGGGAGACCUCCGCGGAAGGCCCAGGCCCCGAGAUCACUGGAGCGACGAACAGGAGCGGGUCUCACGCGAGAUGCCUCAAUUGUAAAGGAGAUGCAGCCGGCGCCGAGGCGAGAGCGCCAGAGCGCCUGUAGGAGGUCCAACAGGAAUAAUUGCUGCAUAACGAACAUUCAGCAAAUUUCAACAGCAACAAAAAGAUUCCUGGUACGCGUCCCGACCGUGCUGCGCGCCACGAGGCGGCAUGCGGAGAACGCCCUGGCCGUCGGUGACCAACGGUCGGGCGAUCGGCGGACCUCCGGGAGCUCAUGCCGGCUCAGGCCUGUGCCACCGCGGGAGCCCCGCCGGCCAGGCAGGGCGCCCGCGGCCAGGCGGCAAGUGCUGUGGCGGCGCCCCUGCCCUGCCGCCCCCCCCGACGCCCUCGCCCCGGCCACGCCUCGAGCCCACUGGCCGCUCGGCCGGCGCCUCCCCGGGAAGUGCCGCGGCCGCGAGGCCACCUGCUGCGAGGACGGCGCCUCGGCGCCUCCGCCUUCGCCAGCCGCCGGGCGGCGCCUCGCCUCCCCGCGCGGCGCUGGUGGCCCGGCGCGGCGAGCCCGCCGCCGAGAGGGCCUAGGCGGCGGCCAGCAGAAGGUCGGCCGCGGCCUCAGCGUCGCCCCCGCACGCCGCGAGCGCCCACGCCGCCAUGGCCUCGGGGACCCCGAGCGCCGCGCCCAGCUCGGGGGCCCGCCCGUCCCAGGCGGCCGG